AUGGCCAUCGCCGCCCAUUUUGCCCAGCUCACCUUCUUGGUAGUUUUCAUUGUGGUUCUAGCCCAACCGCAUCAUGUCUCUGCCACGUCAGUUUCGAGAGGACAGAUAGCUGGCUUCCAGACAAUUCCCCAGAGGUUUCUCAACCUAGCACAACUGGACGCUAACUGUAUACGAGCCGCCAAACAAAUAAUCAAGUGCCACGAGAGAGUUGAUGAGUUCGGGCGACGAGAAUACCACGGCUCGCUGGGAGACAAUCGGCUGACCGAUCUUAUCUGCGCUCCUUCGUGCAAACAAGCGUUGGAUACAGCUCGGGAGAAGAUAGAGAUGGCCUGCGCUGGCUCGCCAAAUCUACUUCCUGGCAUGACUGUUGUGUCCGUUGUUGACGCGAUAAUAACGGGCUGGGAAGAAAUCUGUCUCAAAGAUGAACAGUCGGGCGAGUAUUGCAAUCAUAUCAUCGAUGCGUUGGAUAAAUACAAAAACAUCGAAGACAUGCCAGAGAAAGAGCUCUGCUCGUUCUGUUAUGGGACAAAGCUGCGUCAAAUGCAAAAGUCUAAACACUCCGCGUACGACCGAGAAUAUGCUUCCAUGCUUGCGUUUGUAAAUAAAAAGUGUCAUAUCGACAGCCCGAUCACCUCAAGUCAGCAAUACCCCCCGAACAGAAGUCCAUUACCCAGGACCUGCUUCAGUGGUAAGACUAUCACUACAAAGGAAGGUGAUUCCUGCGAUAGCAUUGCUCUGGCCAACUCUAUCUCAUCGUCAACACUCUACUACAUCAACCCCCACCUGCUUGACUGUCGUAGCAUUGAGAGUGGGAUGGAACUAUGCCUGCCACAGACCUGCACUACGUACACCGUCCAAGAGCAUGAGGCUGCCGAUUGCGUUGAAAUAAGUAUGGCUGGCGGCGAAGGGGGAUGGUUGGAUCUUAUCGACUGGAAUCUCAUGCUUGAUUCCCGCUGCACGAAUCUUUGGAGCACAGACCCGUUCUGGGGUCAUGUCGUCUGUAUCAGUCCUCCAGGUGAAAGGUUUAUCGACGAGAUGAAAUCCGGCUUUAGUGAACACACUGGAAACGGCUACAUGGGCGGCCCGGGAGGCUUCGGUGAUGGUUAUAAACUCAACAGCCGUGCGAAACCCUUGACAGAACUUGCAAAAGGCACUUCCAAGAGUUGCGCCCAGUAUAUCGAAGCAGCGGAGGGAUUGAGUUGCGCCGAGAUGGUGGUGUCGGCUGACAGGGCUACGCCUAUGGACCUGUUUCUACAGAUAAAUCCGUCUCUCGGCAAUGUUAGUGAAUGCGAUGAGAACUUGAAGCCCGGACUAUCGUACUGCCUCAAGGUACAUCCCCUUUGGAAUGGAUUGGCAGAGAUGGAGGAAAUGGAGGAUGACUGGCAGGAGCUGUAG